GCUUAUGUAAGAGCUGGUAGUUUUUUCUGCAAGCACAUUCACGUCCUCCACAAGCUUUAGACCAAGUUCCUGCACAACGAAAUGGCAACUAAGUGCUCAGGAUGUGGCCCAGGAUACAAAAGUCCUCUGGAGGCCAUGAAAGGUCCUCGGGAGGAGAUCCUUUACCUGCCCUGUAUUUACCGGAAUACUGAAAUCAAGAAACCUGACUAUCUUGCUACAGUUGAUGUUAAUCCCAGUUCCUCCAAUUAUUGCCAGGUGAUUCAUAGGUUGCCUAUGCCCAACGUGAAUGAUGAACUGCAUCACUCUGGAUGGAAUGCCUGCAGCAGCUGUUUUGAUGAUCCCUCCAAAAAGCGUAAUCGGCUCAUCUUACCGUCCCUGAUCUCCUCCCGCAUCUAUAUUGUUGAUGUAGGGACAGAUCCUCGAGCUCCACAACUUCACAAGACAGUAGAACCUGUGGAGAUGUUCUGGAAGUGUGGCUUAGCCAAUCCUCAUACAUCUCACUGCCUGGGCUCUGGUCAAAUUAUGAUUAGUGCCAUGGGUGACCCCUCAGGAAAUGGCAAGGGUGGCUUUGUGUUGUUGGAUGGGGAGACAUUUGAAAUGAUCGGUAACUGGGAAUUGCCAGGUGAAGCAGCACCCUUUGGUUAUGACUUCUGGUACCAACCACGCCAUAAUGUCAUGAUGAGCACAGAAUGGGGAGCCCCCAAAAAACUUGCCAACGGCUUUAAUCCUGCAGAUGUGGCAGCAGGUCACUAUGGGCAGAGCCUCCACAUAUGGGACUGGUCCACUCACAAGCAUUUGCAGACACUGAAUUUGGGAGAAGAGGGUGCCAUCCCUCUGGAGAUCCGCUUUCUUCAUGACCCUGCUGCAGCUGAGGGCUAUGUCGGCUGUGCACUUCAGGGAACUGUGUUCCGCUUUUACAAGACUCCUAAAGGUGAUUGGGCUGCAGAGAGAGUCAUCAAAGUUCCUAGUAAGAAAGUGGAGGGUUGGGUCCUACCAGAGAUGCCAAGUCUCAUUACUGACAUUUUAAUCUCACUGGAUGACCGAUUCCUGUACUUCAGCAACUGGUUGCAUGGUGACAUUCGACAGUAUGACAUUACUGACAAAAGAAAUCCCCGUAUGGUGGGCCAGAUAUUUCUUGGAGGCAGCAUUCAAAAUGAUGGUCCUGUGAAAGUACUGAAGGACGAAGAACUGGAAAGACAACCUUCUCCACGGAUAGUUAAGGGCAAGCGAAUACCAGGGAGUCCACAGAUGCUUCAGCUGAGCUUGGAUGGGAAAAGGCUUUAUGCAACUACUUCUCUCUACAGUGCAUGGGAUAAACAGUUCUACCCUGAUCUCAUCAAGCGAGGUUCAGUCAUUCUGCAGAUUGAUGUAGACACAGAGAAAGGUGGUUUGACCCUUAAUGAGAAUUUCUUGGUGGAUUUUGGAGAGGAGCCUGAUGGUCCUGCACUUGCUCAUGAGGUCCGGUACCCUGGAGGAGACUGCACCUCUGACAUUUGGUUGUAAAACAUUUUUGCAUCAAAUAUACACUGAUAAGCCAUAACAUUAAAACCACCUCCUUGUUU